GGAGCGUGGUCGGCCGGUUGGGCGUGUUGUGUCUUUGUGUACGUGUUUUUUUUUUUAAUCGUCGGGCUUCUGCUGGUUUCAUCUCGGCACGACUCGACGCAGCACAACACUGGGAGGAGCGUCACACGCGCAGACAGAGCGAUCCGCAGAUCUGCGCACAAAACAAGCCUCCCCCGAAGCGUUCAGGCGUCCUCUGCUCCGGUUGGAUUUACGGUGGCGUCAGUUGCAGCGACACUGAGGAGAACCAGAACCGGGACGGUCACUGCAGUAUUGGGUCAGGAGCGGCGCACUGUGUCAGCGGAGCAAAGGGGCACCAGGACCCCAUCGGUUUAUCGGGACCCCGCCCAGAUGCUCACGGAGAGACGCAGCUGUCAAGCAGAAAUGCAACCUGUCUGAUGAUGAAUGAAUUAAUAAAUGGUAGACAGAGGAGCAAAAAACACGAGACAACCAACAAAUUCCGAAAAGAAGAACAAAAGAAAACAAUGAGUAGAAGGAAGGAGGAUGCUGUCAGGAGGUCUGCAAAAGAGAGAUAGGAAACAAGAGAUAUAUAAAGAACAUCACACAAAGUCCUGAAACAAAAAAAAAAUCGAAAGUGAAAGAAACGGCAAAGACACUGGAAUCAUUGGAAAGGUGGGAAGGUAAAAACUGAAUAGUAGAGGAAGGAAAGAAAUAGCUGAAUGGUUUCCAUAGUGACGGCAAGCAGGUUACCUCCUCUCCGAAGAUGGCCUCCAACUUCAACGACAUUGUCAAGCAGGGCUACGUACGCAUGCGAAGCCGCAAGCUGGGGAUCUAUCGGCGUUGCUGGCUGGUGUUUAAAAAGUCUUCAAGUAAAGGACCUCGGCGUCUUGAGAAAUACCCUGAUGAGAAGUCUGCCUACGUCAGGGCCCUUCCUAAGGUGACAGAGAUAAGCAAUGUGAAGAAUGUCACACGGUUGCCUAGAGACACCAAGCGUCAGGCUGUGGCCAUUGUGUUUACAGAUGACACCUCACGCACCUUUACUUGUGAAUCAGAGCUGGAGGCAGAAGACUGGUUCAAGACACUGUUGAUUGAAUGUCUUGGCACUCGCCUCAAUGACAUCAGUUUGGGCGAGCCUGACCUGCUAGCUGCUGGUGUACAGUGUGAGCACACAGAACGAUUCAACGUAUUCCUCCUCCCCUGUCCUAAUCUGGACAUCUAUGGGGAGUGCAUGAUGCAGAUCACCCACGAGAACAUUUACUUGUGGGACAUCCAUAACCCUCGCACCAAGCUGGUCACCUGGCCACUGUGUUCCCUGAGGCGAUAUGGACGAGACGCCACCCGCUUUACCUUCGAAGCUGGACGGAUGUGUGACAGUGGUGAAGGCCUCUACACUUUCCAGACUAGAGAGGGCGAGCAGAUCUACCAGAGAGUUCACUCUGCCACACUGGCUAUUGCUGAGCAGCACAAGAGGGUCCUGAUGGAGAUGGAGAAAAACAGCAGGUUGCUCUCUAAAGGUUCAGAGCCUGGCUCCUACCCCUGCACCCCCACUGCAAUCCUACCCCGAUCCGCCUACUGGCACCACAUCACUGGGAACCAGACCGGCAUGGAUCCUGGCAGCGGUGAUGCUACAGAAGAUGACCUAAUGUCCACCCGCCUGCCUCCUGACCGCCAUUCCACGUUGCCCCUCAUGCACACACAUGCACAUUCCUAUCCACACAUACACAUACCUUCCCCCACAUGCUACCCCACCUACCCUGGACAGUGACACACACAUUCCAAUAGGUGGACCCUUAAAAAGGCACAUGCAUGCAAGCACACCGAUGUAAACACAUCUUGAAUACAAAAAGUAGGAAAUGAAAUCUGUGCAGAGGACACGACUGCAGAAGAUAAGGGCACUUGGCAGUUUUCCAUUCACCUGUUGUAAAAGUCUGUCUGGCUCUCAGUAUGCUUCAAAUCAGCAAAGCUGUAUUACAUGUCCACGUACAGUACAUCUGAAGGCAGAAGUAUUUAUACUGUACCUGUUCCAAAUAGCUAUCGUUAAAGGUGAGGUGAAAAGCGUCUUUUAGAGCAAUGGCUGAGGAACUGUACUGAAUAUAUUGUACCACUGGAUGUUAUUGUUCUGUAGUUAUGAUUUUAUAGUAAUAUAUAUUUAAUAAUAUGAGAUAUACAUCAUCUCAAAUGUUGAUGCAUGUAUUUCUGUACUCUUUGGACCACACUAGGAUUCAUAUUUGUACUGGCUGGCCUACAUUAGCAGCCUUCUCUUUUAUGCCAUCAUACAAUUUUAUUAUAUUAAUGUUCACCUGUAUAGUUUUGUAAUAUAUUUUUCUAAAUAGCAUUAUAAUUAAGGAAUAUGUAUGUGUUAGUGGGCACUUAAUUUUCCACAUGUAUUUGUGUUUGUUUAUUUGAAACAAUUUGUCUAAAAGAUGUGUUGGCCUUGUUUAUGUAAUUCAUCCCAUCUAAGACAGACUUUUCAACUCACCUUCAAACUUGGCCAUUAUGAACAGAUAAAAACUUCUCAGAUGUGUUGAGAAGCACAUGGACUGAGGCAUGUUAAGGCCCAGGUACCUGACCUACAGUAGUUUAAGAUUUUCUCAGCAAGAUUUUCAGAUUCAAUGGAACAGAUUUGUUUACGUGUGCAUUGUAUACAGUAAGGUCUGGGUCUUAUUGCUGCCAUAGGAUUAAGCUCAAGAAGCAAAACGUGGUUUCGAAUAAAUCCCACAUGGACCUGGACUGCAUGGUGUUUUGGUAACACGGCAUGUUCUGUGCUGUUAAUGGACAUACAGUACACAGGAUACGCACAGUAUCAGCACCAGUUGACACAGUACAAAGUACACAACAGUUUUGAAUCAAUGCCUUUAAUUUUGCUGAUAACUGAUGUGACUGCUGUGCUGCAGUCAUGAACUAUUCAGAACUGUGGAAUAAAACUGUGAUCAAAUUCUAAUUAUUGGAUUAACGCCUGAACUGCAUCUUCAUCUUUAGGCUUUCUCUGGUAUCCACUCUCUCACUUCUACAGUAACUACUUAAGUUUUGUGUGCUUUUAUUGAGCUAUAUUUGCACAGACAUGUUAUUUUCUUAGGUUGCUCAAAGGUUCAAUGUGUAGAGUUCAGUAGAUAUAGAUUUUUUUAAAGCUGACAUCUGCCACUGGUUUUACAUUUGAUACCAUACAGGAAUUCACCUGACCUAUCCAUGACCCAUGACCUAUCACCCAUUUCUGAAAAAACAAAAUUCAAACAUUUGCCAGGGUGGAAUUGGAACAGUGAUAUAUUUUUUUUAUGCAAGGGUAUGGUUUAUUUCUGUCUCAUAUAGUACAUUUGAAAAUUGACUCAGGGUCAGGAAAAAUGUAUAAUGGACGUAUUUGUUCCAGAAGUCACUAGAACCUGUCUAGAACACAACGACUUAAAGAUCAACUUUAGUGAUAUUUUCUGGCUGCUUCCCUAGGGUUUAGUUUAGAAAGUACAUGUAAUGAUUAGCUUGAAAGGUGCCCGCAUAUGCAAAAUCCACUUUUUGAGCAUUCUGGUACACUACAUUUCUAUGAUUCUCUGGUUCACGUUAACACACUCCAAGUGUGUUAGAAGUGCUACUUAUUUUAAGUUUCGUUACUUUAGGUGUUUAAGCACAAUUUCUGUCGUAGUUACAGUGUACCGCGUCAAUCCUUGACAACCACUUACAGAACCACCUGUCAACCUGCCCAGACACACGCAGAACACCAAACUAGUGUUUCGGACGCACACAAUUGGACAAAGUGGAGCUGCAGGAUAGCCAGGGCCGGCUCUGUCAAAUGUGAACUAGGCAGUUGCCUAGGGCGCCACCUGCUGGAGGGGGUUCAGGUCCUCUACAGUGUCAGACUCUCCAGCUACGAUCAUGGGGUCCACUCAUCACCAGUCGUUCGGUGUUGUUUUAGCCGUUAAUGGGCCAUUAGCGCGCUGUUAGUUGCUAGUUUCAGGCAAUCAACAACAUGGUGGACGCUGGGACCUGUGCGCUUCUGCAAAGAUGUGUGGGCAUCAACUGCACAUGCUAUAGACAGACAGGUUACUGGAAAUACACACUAUGAGACCGGCAGUGUGGACCAUCUACAGAGCUUGAUGAAGUGAAAAGUUACAGACCCCUUAUUGAAACAUCAAGGUCUAAUUCAUUAGCAUUAUUUAGCACGAAUAAAAGCAUGUGUGGGCCCCUUUAAACCUUCCUUCUGUUUGCCAAUAUGAAAAUCCAGCAUCUCUAUGUUUUUAGCUGAGAGACUUCUUGGGAUGACAGGUUUUUCAACUAAAGAUAUACAAUGGUGGUUAUAGUCUUUGUCCGUCUGUUGGGCAGGAGCUUCGUCUAGACAACAACAUUAUCACCAUUCAUGUUCUCUACACAGGGGAAGCUAAGGGGAGGGGGGUGGAUUAGAAUAAUUCUAAGGGCCCACGAACCAACAUUUCACCAAUGAAAAUGGUAAUAAAAAUCAUCUUAAUCCAGAUAUUGAUCUUUAAUUUGUAGCUACUUGCCAGCAUUCACUUGUUUGUAUGCCAGUGGAAAACUAGUAAGUUCACUUAUAAUUAGGUCUACAUAUGCUGCUAACUACAGCUAUGGUUGUUCUCUGAAUACUGAUACGUUGUGGUCAGAACAAAUAAUUAAAGGCAGAAGUCAGUACUAUAACUAAACUGCAGACAAAGAUUUUGGAUAUCUGGUUUGUAUGUUUGCUGCAGAAUGGGUGAGGUAGAGAGCCCAGAUUCAAAUGUUCGAAUAGGGCCCAAAGCUGCUAAUGGUGCCUGUUUGUACAUGUACACAAACAGCUAAAUUCAUCAUCAAUAAUUAAAUGUUUUAGUCUUCAUUUACCUUCUAUCAGGUUGAUUGAAUGGUUUAAAUAACCAGGUGUUAUUAACAAGUGCUGACUUGUUUCCAGUCUGUCUGAUCAUCUAUCCAAACAUUGAUAGAAAGAUUAAAACAAGGGUCACACAAAAAUAUUCUUUACGGGGGUAUAUUAUUAUGAAAAUGAAGGUCAGUUUUACCAUGACAUUGAACGAGUAUGUCUAUUAUUUUCAAACUGUGUGAUAAUCAAGGAAGGUGAGGUCUGGAUAGGUUCAUAUUUGUCUAUCUCCUUGUAGGACUUUACUAUAAAUGCAUCUUACUUUGAUUUAUUUCCAGUCUUACAUCAGAAUGUUAAACCUCACUCCCUCCUGUCUGCUUCCACCACCAGCUCUCUGUUUGACCAGUUGAGAAUAUUGGUAGUAAAGGGGAAGUGAAUACAAUGAAAUUUUAUUGCCUUUAAUCAGGACUUUGACAGACUGUCAGGACAAGAAAGGCUGAAAUCUGGAUCGUGUAUUUUCUGUGCAAAUGUCUAUGUACUUUGCAAUAUUUUCUUUAACAUCACUUAACAUGACAGGGCUAAAGCAUUUGUUAGUUGUUUACAUGAUGUGAGGUAUGUAUUGUUACUAGAUGAGUUUUUGUGUACUUACACACUGUAUAACCUGAAUUUGCUGCCCUAUUGAGAGAAUCUUGUACAUACAUUUCUAUUUAUGUCAUGAGAAAGAGAGAGAAAAAGGAUGUGUGACAUGAGGGAUUAUUAAAACAUGUGCUCAUUUAAAAUGCAAACACUCACUAUGUUGCAAGCAGUAAUGCAUGUCUUUGCAGUACAUAAAUCCACACUUGAACAUUGAACAAAAGCAAAACAUAUUUAUUGUCCAAACUUCUACCAUGUCACGUCUCAUUACUAUCAAUCUUUUUGUUUUUACAUGCUGCUGUUUUAUUUUGCUUGAUAAAAGAAAUUUAACUUUAUUGAUGAUGUUGAUUAAUGAAACACCCGUCUUCACAGAAAAAAAGCUAAUUUUUUCCGUAAAGGAAGUUAGAAAAAACCUGAGCAAAUUUGUUUGUGUGGUACUCUUCCAUAUUUGGAAAGCCAACAAUUAUUUCACCAUGGGAAUAUAGAGUAUAUAGUAUUAUUAUAAAUAUUAAUGCAAUGUUACAACAUACAGAACGUCUUCCAUGUUGACACAGAUUUGAAAUGGAAGUGGCUGGGUUUGAUUUGGGUUCACUUCAAGGGUGUUCUUAUAAAACUCAUGUCCAAGCUAAGUGAAUGGCAGUGCAGACAUAUUUAAAAUCCCAGGACACAUGUUCAAUUUGCAUUUGGGUAGUGGAAAUGCCAAAAUGUCACAUGACAAAGUCCUCACUGGAAGAAAUGGCUAAUGGAAACAGUCUGGAGAAGGGUCUGACAGCACCAGACAGGUGUAAUGUUUGUUUAUGUUUUCACAAGUUCUUCCUGACUGAUGACAGUGUGUUUUAAUUCUGUUACACUGUCUACAUUAAGUGCAUGUUUUGAAAAAAAUAAAGUCUGUUACUUAC